AUGUGUGAAUUAUCAAAGGAGGAGACCGAAGUAACUAAUGAACUUGAUUUUCUUAAGAAUAAAUACAGGGUAGAGAUAAUGAUUGGGUAUGGUUCAUUCAGUUCGGUAUAUAAAGCUGUAAAUAUAGAGAAUAAUACAGAUGUUGCACUUAAAGUUAUAACUAAAACAACUUCUCCAAGUAGAAUAUUAGAUGAAUUAAAAGUUUUAAAGAAAUUGAAUGGGGCUAAUUUCUGUAUACCGUUACUAGAUGUACUUAGAAACAAUGAUCAGGUGGUAGCAGUAUUUCCACUUAUUGAUGGAGUUAAGUUUAAAAAAUUUAUAGAAGUUGCCACAAUAGAAGACAUUAAAACAUACAUGCAUUGUUUGCUUACAGCCGUUGAUCACAUACAUAAACAAGGUUAUAUUCACAGAGAUAUUAAACCUUCUAAUUUUUUAUAUGACAUGAACUUAAAAAUAGGAUUUAUAAUAGACUUUGGAUUAACCCAGACUAUAAAAGCAAUGCCUAUAGCACCAAAAGCCAAAGAACCGUUUGUUUUAUUUUUUAAUUCUAUUGUUAAACAAUCAAAACCACCUGGUUAUUAUGAUAAAGACACAAGACCUAAAAUGAAAGCACACCGAGCUGGAACUAGAGGAUUUAGAGCACCUGAAGUUUUAUUCAAAUACCAAUAUCAAACACAGAAAAUUGACAUUUGGUCUGUUGGUGUUAUACUUUUAUGUAUUUUAACAACUCAAUAUCCAUUCUUUCUCAGUAAUGAUGAUAUAGAUGCGUUAGUUGAGUUAGGUACUAUAUUUGGACAUACUCAAAUGCGUAAGACUGCUAAACUCUUUAGUAGGGUAUGGAAGAGUAAUAUUAAUACAAUUACUGAGGAUGGUAUUGGUUUAGAAAAUUUAAUUGUUAAAUUAAAUAAUUAUUUCAUUUUUAAUGAAGAUGUAAUUGAUUUACUUAAAAAGUUAUUAGAACUUGAUCCAAAUAAAAGAAUAAGUGCGGAAGAAGCUUUAAAUCAUGAUUUUUUUAAAGAAUAA